AUGUAUAGAUGUAUUACUGCACGAUUAUGUCCAUAUAGAUCCAUUAUACACUAUCGAAAUUUUGCAAAGGUUAAUACAAAACCUUCUGUUUCUAAAAUUAAAAUCCAGACAACAAGUCCUAAACUGAACGCUCAAAAUAAAUUAGAUUCAUAUAUUAACACUACCAAUACACUCCCAGAUUUAAAUAAAGACAUUGCUACAGCUACUCCAGAUGUCGAUGAAAAACUGUCUGAUAUACCACCUUCACUAAAAUAUGUUCGUGAAUUAAUUGAUCAUCAUAAAGGUUCAGUGGUGUUAACACAAAUGGGGUCAUUCUAUGAACUAUACUUUGAGCAAGCUGAAAAAUAUGCUCCAGAAUUAAAUAUCCAAUUAACAUCUAAACAAUUUUCACAUGGAAAGGUACCGUUUGCUGGAUUUCCAGUCGGACAGUUAAGUCGUCAUUUAAAAGUGCUUGUGAAUGACCAUGAAUAUAGCGUAGCCAUUGCUCAACAGUUUAAAAAGGAUGGUGUAGCUGACAACGAAGUUAGUAAAUUUUAUCGAAGAGUCACUAGAAUAGUAACUCCUGGUACCUUUAUAGAUGAAGCAUUUGAAAAUUUCGAAGAAAAUAAUUAUUUAUUAUCUAUUAACUUCCCUGAAAAUUGUUUUAAUAAAUUAGCAGACAGCGAUUCAAAAUUGGGGUUGAGCUGGUGUGAUGUAUCAACGGGUGAAAUAUUUGUUCAACAGGUUAGGCUGAAAGACGCAGUAUCGGCGAUUACCAGAAUUCAACCUAAAGAAAUUCUACUUGAAGAAUCAAUUGCAGACUUUACAAUCGAAUCAGGUUCCUGGUAUCCGGAAUUUGUUGAACUGAAGAAAUAUUUCUUAAAAUAUCAUAAAUUACCGGCAGCUCACAUUACACUUGACUCUUUAUACUCUCUAUUUGCUAAUGGCACAGAGGAAUCAACAUCCAGAUUAUUUAAAAUACAAUUCCAAACAUUCACACAGAAGGAACUGGCAGCUUUAAGAGACUUGUUGAUAUAUAUCAAAGAGCAUCUGCCGGAUUUUCGUAUGAAUCUUCAGUUUCCACAAAAGCAAUCUGUUACUUCUAUAAUGCAAAUUGAUUCCAGAACCAGUUCUGCCCUAGAGUUACAUGCUACAGUUCGAGAUAGGUCUAAAAAGGGAUCAUUAUUAUCUUGUAUAAGAAGAACUGUAACAUCACCAGGAACAAGGCUUCUUUCACAGUGGCUAUCAGGUCCUUCACUUGAUUUAGCGGAAAUAAAUAGUAGACAAGAUAUAGUUGCCUUCUUUUUGGAAGAUUUGGACUCUACAAAGGAUAUGAUUUCAAAUUUAAAAACUGUCUCUGAUUUAACUAGAAUAAUUCAACGAUUCAGUUUCAACCAAGGCGAUGCUUCGGAGCUUCUACAAUUAGUAGAAUCUUUAAAGACAGCAAAGGCGGUCAAAAAGAAUAUUGAAACUAUCAAUUCUGAAUUAGAAGACAACAAACUGCCCGAUGAGCUAUACAACAGAUUAAUUUCAGACUUAGAAUUUGAUGGCAGUUUAAUUUCUGAGGUGGAAAGUUGUAUAAAUGAAGUAGCAUUGAGGAAAAUUAACUCAGCUACAUCUGAGGGAAUUGAAAAAGACGAGAGUAUGAACAGUUCUGGAAUCCAUGAUACAAAUAAUGAAAUAUGGAUUAUUGACCCAAACUAUAACAAUUCACUAAAGAAAUACCAUGAAGAAUACCAAAAUUGUAAAAGAGAAAAAGAAAAACUUCAAGAAAUAUAUAACAACAAAUUGGUCAAUGAUAUUGGAUGUAGGAGAGUUGCAAUGAAGCAGAAGCCAAAUGGUGACUACACGUUACACAUUCAUGCUAGUACAAAUAACAUGAAAAAAGUACUUGAUUUUAUAAAUACAAAGGAGUUGAUCAAUGGACAUCCGCUUGUGAUAACGCAAAAAUCAGUUCAGACUUGUUGGGUAUCUCACAAAUCCUGGAAUGAUCUAGCUCAUUUGUCAGAGUUAGCUAAGUUUCGAAUAAAACAGGAAGAAGAUUUUAUAUUAAAUAACCUGAAAACUAAAUUUGUAAACAAAAGUGAAUCUAUCAGGUUAAUAACACAUAAAUUAGCAUAUAUCGAUGUUUUGUCUUCAUUCGCAAUAUUAGCAACCGAUAAUAGAUUGAAACGUCCCAAAUUAAACAAUACCACCAGCUUUAAUAUCAAAGGUGGCCGUCAUUUAAUGGUAGAGGAAGGAUUGAAAAUUUCUUCAUUAUCAACUUUUGUUAAAAAUGAUUGUAAAUUAGCUAAAGGUGAUUUAUGGGUAAUUACAGGUCCAAACAUGGGUGGGAAAUCAACCUUUUUAAGACAAAAUGCUACAAUUAUAAUAUUGGCUCAAAUUGGAUCAUAUUGUCCUUGUGAUAAAGCUACAAUUGGGUUAGUAGAUAAAAUAUUUAGUAGGGUUGGUUCAGCUGAUGAUUUAUAUAAUGAAAUGAGUACUUUUAUGGUAGAGAUGAUUGAAACUUCCUAUAUAUUACACGGUGCAACAAAUAGAUCAUUGGCCAUCCUUGACGAAAUUGGAAGAGGGACAAGUUCAAAAGAAGGCACGAGUAUAGCAUUUGCUACUUUGAAGUACUUAAUUGAAAAGAAUUCAUGUCGGACAUUAUUUGCAACUCAUUUUGGUAGUGAAUUAAAGGAAAUUAUAGACAAAAAUUAUUAUGAUUCAUUAAAAAACAACCUUAAAUUUUAUGAAACAAGCGUUGUUGAAAUCUCAGAAGACAAUUAUUACUAUGAUCAUAAGUUAAAGGAAGGUGUUUGUACUAAAUCUGAUGCCAUCAAGGUAGCAAAAAGAGCAGGUUUUCCUGAGACAGCAUUGAAUGAUGCCAAACGAUUUCUAAAUUAA